AUGUCCGGAGACUCAGAAACCGUCAAGCGGGCUGUUAUGAAGCAGGUCCUCGAAGAGUCCAACCUUGCCAAUGCCCGGACUCUCAUCGAGAAUGUUCAAAUGAGCUGCUUCGAAAAGUGCAUCACAAGUCCCGGAGACUCCCUCUCCAAAGCCGACCAGACUUGCGUCACAUCGUGUAUGGAAAAGUACAUGGCUGCCUGGAACCAGGUCAACGCCGCCUUCAUCACCCGCGUCCGCCGCGAGCAGGGCGGCUUGUAG